AUGAGACAUACAAACCCAUUUUUUAAUUUAAAAAAAAAAAAAAAAAAGAAAAGAUCUCUACCAACCACUUGUGGGGAGUUUCUUGCCAGUGCUGGGACCAAUACACAAGACCAGCCCAGUCCCUCUCCUGGAGCCCAGGUACUCCCUUUCUCCUGCACACAAACCUUUCGAAGACCGAAGAUGACAACAGAUAUGAUAGAGUGCAAUAACACCAAAUCCAGUGCUCCCCUCCUGACCCAAAGAUACCUGAGGAUGGUGACCAAGGAUGGACACAGCACAUUCCAGAUGGAUGGUGCCCAAGGAAAAGGUCUGGCAUACCUCCGAGAUGCAUGGGGAAUAUUAAUGGACAUGCGCUGGAGAUGGAUGAUGCUUGUCUUUUCUGCUUCUUUUGUCAUUCACUGGCUAGUCUUUGCAGUGCUUUGGUAUUUGCUGGCUGAGAUGAAUGGGGACCUGGAGCUGGACCAUGAUGCUCCACCUGACAACCACACUAUAUGUGUCAAGUACAUCACGAGUUUUACAGCUGCUUUCUCCUUCUCACUGGAGACGCAACUCACAAUUGGUUACGGCACUAUGUUCCCAAGCGGGGACUGUCCCAGUGCUAUUGCACUGCUUGCAAUACAGAUGGUCCUGGGGCUCAUGCUGGAAGCCUUCAUCACAGGUGCUUUCGUGGCAAAGAUCGCCCGACCAAAGAAUCGGGCAUUCUCCAUCCGCUUCACCCGCUCUGCUGUAGUGACAUACACCGAGGGGAAGCCAUACCUUAUGUUCCAGGUGGCCAACACACGCUCCAGCCCACUGACUAGCGUCCAGAUUUCUGCUAUACUUUACCAAGAAGAAGAGAAUGGGCAGCUGCACCAAACUAGUGUUGACUUCCACCUAGACAGCGUUACUUUGGAUGAGUGUCCUUUUUUCAUUUUUCCACUGACCUACUACCAUUCAAUCACUCCAUCCAGCCCCCUGGCUGCUCUCCUCCAAAGAGAAGCUGCUCACCAUUUUGAGCUGGUCGUCUUUCUAUCAGCUGUGCAGGAGGGCACAGGAGAAACGUGUCAAAGGAGAACAUCCUACCUCCCCUCAGAGAUCAUGCUGUACCAUCGCUUCGCCUCCAUGCUAGCCCGCAAUGUCAAAGGUGAAUAUCAGAUCAAGAUGGAGAAUUUUGACAAGACUAUUCCUGAGCUCCCAGCUGCAGCUGACUCAAAGAGUCCAAAAAGGACUGACAAGGAGAUCCGCAUCAAUGGACAGCAUGCCGACAGCUUCCAGCUCUCCGAGACUGGCCUCACAGAAUAG